AAGGAUUCAUCUAAUCAACGAUGGACCGUGAAAGGGGCGGAUAAGGUUCUCUUUAUGCCAAUAGAACAAUUACGUUUCUAGUAUGACUAGAUGGUAUGGUAAACAACAACGGUAUCUGAAAACUAUUGGAGAUUUUGUUUCGAACGGCGAGUUACCGCUGAUGCAUUCUUGAGAAACCUGUUGCUGGUUCGUCCGAGUCGAGAUGAGGAUGCUGCAUCGGUUGAUUAUUUUUUGCGCACUCUCGAUUCAGAGUAACACUUUUGCCGAAGAGCUGAAAUUGGUCCAGGUCAUUUUUCGACACGGCGAUAGAGCGCCAAAUGUUGAGAAUAUACCUUUGUGGCCCUUGGAUCCGUACAGGAACGAAACUUGGUAUCCGGAGGGCUGGGCAGGUUUGGUGAACGUUGGCAAAAGAAGGGCUUACGAUCUCGGUGUCUUUCUGAGAGAAAGAUACGGCAACUGGCUGGGUGACGUUUAUCUCAAAGACGAGGUGAAGUUCAGGAGCAGUACUUACGACAGGACAAUGAUGACGGCACAACUCGUUGCCGCUGGACUUUUCCCGCCUAGCGAAAUCCAGAGGUGGCACCCAGAGUUGAAUUGGCAACCGAUACCCGUGUUCUCGGAUCCCAAAUCUACGGCUGAUCUAUACGACACGCGGAAUACGUGCCGGAGACUCAAGGCCAUGCGAGAUGAAUUGACGCGAACCGAUUCACAUUUACUACAACGCGCCGAAGGAUUGAAAGAAUUCUACGAGUUCCUAACUCCGCAUGUUGGCAAAACCGUGAGUCAAUGGGAAGCCUGGGCUGUUUAUCAUCAGCUUUUUUCGCAGUGGAUUGAAAAUCGUAAAUUACCCGAGUGGACAACGGAUAUUUUUCCCGAAGGGCGACUCGAGAGGGUCGCAGCGUACCAGUACGUAAUUGAAUCUUACAACAAGUCGAUGAUUCAAUUAGGAGGAGGUCGAUGGGUCAAUGAUUGGUUGAAAAAUGUCGAUAAUUAUUUGAACGAGACGUCAGGCUCGCAACAAAAGGCGUUAUUCUACGCGGCACACGAAACUAAUAUCGCCUCAAUUCUGGUGGCACUUGGAGUUUUUGAAGAACACGUUCCAUUUUACUGUAGCACGAUCAUAUUCGAGCUUUCCAAAGUAGAGGAGGAAUUCUACGUCAAGGUGUUGUACAGAAACAAAGAUGUCCUUCGAGAACUAGUCAUUCGGGGAUGCGGAGUGACGAAUUGCCCGCUCCAAACUUUUCGUAGAUCGGUGGAAGAUGCCAUUUACAGGGGGGAUCUGGACGCUGCGUGCAAAUAGAAUUAGUUCUCUCCGCAUAUCGGGAAUUCCACGUCGACCCAUUUUCAUAAUUGAUCGAAUUAUCGCCGAUUUUCCACUUUUCGGAGCAGAAAAAUUGAGAUAUCUCGAAGGGAGAAAUUCGUAGCUCAAUUUGAUCGACGGAUUCGUGUUCCUGAGGUCACAAUUCGGUAGAAAAGUAUCCUUCAGUCGAUUUUAAAAAUACUUCAUUUUUGGCUCAAAAAUCGAUAAUUUUUUUUAUUCGGGUUUAUAGGCUAUUCUAAUGUAUUUUGAUCUCAGGAAUCCGAAUUCUAGAGCCGAAUUGAUCUAUCUAUAAUAUAGAUCGAGUUAUCGCCAAUUCAUCUAUCUAGAAAUGAAAAAUCAGGGAUAUCUCGAUGGGAUUCAUCACUCCUCUCAAUUUCUAAUUAUAAUUUCUCAUGCAUUUGUGAAAAUAAAUGUAAGAAAAAAAUGAUCAUAUCUUCAAAUAUCAGAAAA